AUGGAUUGUUCUUUACCUACCGAUAAUUCUCAAAACACUUCUAAAUCGAAUAAUAAUCCUAUAUCAUUAGGUGACAUUGAUAGUGACCAAUUAUUUGAUCCAAAUAUUUUUGGAACUUGGUUAAAUGAAAUAGAAAAUAAUGAUCAUUCAAAUUCGGAUAGUCCUAAAACUAUGGUAGAUUGUAAUAAUGUAAUGACAGAACUUCAAUAUUCCGAUUUAUCGAUAAUUCCAGAACAAGAUGAAGAAUCAAAUAAUUUAUAUGAUAAUACACCGAAUAAAACGAGUAUACGUGGUUCAUCGCGUAACAUGUUACAUAAUAAAAGAACAUUGUUAGAGCAAAAUAAGGCUCUUAAGAAAUCGAACAAUAUAGUUAAUUCAACACAAUUGAAACAAAAUAUAAAUAAUGAUAAAGACAUUAAUUAUAAUAAUAAUAAUAACUUAUCACCGUUAAAAACUAAUUUGCGUGAUAUAAUAGCUGUUAAUGGAAAUGGAGUGGAUUCGAAUAAGAGUCCAACAUCAAAUGGACCUUCGGUUAAUUCAGACCAAGGCCUACAUUCUCCGACUUCUGUACAAUCUCAAUCACAAUCAAGUUCAAAAGGAUUUUUUAGUUCAUGGUUUGGUUUAUCCUCUACAAAGGUUGAAGGAACUCCGGAAUUUUAUGUAGAAAAAUUGUUACAAAAGAGUAUUUCAUCAAAACCAUUAGCAGAAAGGUUACAGUCAUUACGUGUAACAUUAACUACGGCAAAAUUAUCGUGGAUAAAAGAUUUUAUAGAUUGUGAUGGAUUGGCAGCAUUGGAAAAUGUUCUAGAGAGAUAUACAACAGGAACAAAGAGAGCUAUUUCAAGAAAUUCUGAUCAUGAUGAUAGAAUUCAAUCAGAAUGCAUUCGAUGUUUAAGAGUCCUUUUAAACACAGAGUCUGGGUUUAAUCAAGUUUUAAAAUCUCCAUCAUUAAUAAAUAGUAUAGUAUUUUGUCUUCACACACCAAAUAAUAAAUUAAGAUCACACGUAGCGGAUGUAUUAGCAGCCAUAUGUGUAAUGUCUCUAGAAGGUCAUCAAUUUGCAUUAUCAGCAUUUUCAGAUUUUAAACAAUUUCAUGAAGAAAAGUUUAGAUUUCAAUAUUUAGUUGAAAGUUUGAGAGGAAACAAAGAAGAGGAAGAAAGUAGUGCAUUUAUGGAAUAUAAAACUGCUUCUUUACGUUUAAUUAAUGCCAUUGUUAAUUCACCUGAAGAAGUUGAAGAGAGAAUGUUAUUAAGAGAUGAAUUUCAUAGGAGGGGAUUAUCAGAAUUAUUUGCCAUUUUUAAGACUUCGAAUCCGCCUGAAUUAUUGUUGAAUCAGAUUUAUUUAUAUGAAGAAGAAAAUCAAGAUGAUGUAGAUGAAUUAUAUGAAAAAGUUCAUGAUCUUGUAAGAGAUGCAAAUGAUCCUAUUUCUAUAAUUGUUGGACUUAUAAGACAAGUUGAACAUGACUAUGAUUUAUAUUUAAGAGUCACUGAAACUCUUAAAAAUUUAUUAAAAAUUGCUUGUAAUGAUCCAGGAGAGGAAGAAAAUUCUCAAAAUGAUACUUGGAACAUUAUUGAAUUAUUUAUUGAAAGAAUAAGUUCCGUAACAAAUAUCAAAGAAGAAUGGCAAAUAUUUUUAAACAGAUUUCAUGAUUCAAUUGAUGAUAUAACUGGACAAUAUACGAUAAUUAAUGAAAAUAUAACAAAUGGUCAAAUUGACAAAAUGAGAAAUAAAUUAAAUGAGUUAGAAUCUAAGGUUGAGAUUUUAACAAAAGAAAAAGAUGAAGCGUUAAAACAAGCAAAAUUAAAUUUAAAUCAAGAAACUUCAAAGACAACAACCAUAGAUAAUUUAUCAUCAGAUGAAAUUUCUGUUAAUAAUGAACAACCUGUUAAUGUUUUAAUUGAUAAUAAUUUAAUAAAAGAUAAAUCUAAUGAAUCUAAUGAGAACAAUAAAUCUGAUAGUAAUUUAGAAUUGUCAUCCAUGAUAAUUUCUUCAAUAUCUUCACCUUUAACACCUUCGCCAGAUGAAGAAUCCAAAUCAAUUUCACCGAGUAAGAUAGACAUUCCACCCCCACCUCCACCUCCACCUCCUCCACCGCCCAGUGUAGGAGCUCCGCCGCCGCCGCCGCCGCCUCCACCUCCUCCACCAUCUAAUGUAGGAGCUCCACCACCACCCCCUCCACCUCCGCCACCAUCUAGUGUAGGAGCUCCACCACCACCACCACCUUUACCGCCCAGUGUAGGAGCUCCUCCACCUCCACCUCCACCACCGCCCAGUGUAGGAGCUCCACCACCACCACCACCACCACCACCACCACCACCUCCUCCUCCUCCUCCUCCUCCACCGCCAGGCGUAGGAGCUCCACCACCACCACCACCACCUCCUCCUCCACCGCCAGGCGUGGGAGCUCCACCACCACCACCACCACCGCCACCACCUCCCGGAGGGGCACCACCACCACCACCUCCUCCUCCACCACCUCCCGGAGGAGCUCCACCGCCUCCUCCACCACCACCUGGUGUAGGAGUUCCACCACCACCACCUAUACCUACGACAUCGACAUCAAAACCUAUUCCCAUACCAAUUAUAACAUCUCCUAAUAUAAUUAAACCAAAUGUUCCCUUAAAAUCAUUAUUUUGGAGUAAAAUACCACCACAUAAAUUAAACUCAACAGUAUGGGAAGAUAUACCAACUGAAGUUGUGAAAGAAAUUCCUAUAAAUUAUGUAGAGAUCGAAUCAUUAUUUCCAAAAAAUACUUUGAGUAAUGUAAUAAAAUCACCUACAGCACCUGCUAAUUCAAAGAAAAGCAGUAUAGUAACAUUAUUGGAUAUUAGUAGAGCUAAUAAUAUCGGUAUUAUGUUAGCUAGAAUAAAAUGUACUUAUAUUGAAAUUAAGGAUGCUUUAUUAGAAAUUGAUGAUGAAAAAUUAUCCAUUGAAAAUUUAAGGAGUUUAAAAAAUUAUGUACCUACUAGCGAAGACAAAGAACUAAUUAAAGAGUAUAGUGAUAAUAAUAAUUUAGGAAAUGCUGAAAAAUAUUUUAGGGAAGUUAUGGAGAUUCCUAGGUUAUCCGAAAGAUUAGGAUGUAUGAUUUAUAGGAGAAGAUUUGAAAUGGAAGUUCAAGAGUUGUCACCUGAAAUUGAAAUAAUAAAUAAUGCAUAUACUGAGUUGAAAGAAUCCGAAAAAUUUAAGAGGUUAUUGAAGACGAUAUUAGUUUUCGGUAAUUUCAUGAAUGAUUCUACAUUUAGGGGUAAUGCUAUAGGAUAUAAGUUGGAUGUUCUCCUAAAGAUACGCGAUACUAAAGCUGUUGAGAAUAAUUCAAAGGGGACAUUAACAUUAUUACAUUAUUUAGCAGCAACACUUGAAGAAACUCAAAGUGAUUUAUUAACAUUUAUGGAUGAUUUACCACAUUUAGAGGCGGCAGCAAGAAUAUCUGUUAUAACUCUUAUAGCUUCAGUUAAUGAAUUAACUAAUGGUAUUGAUUCGAUUAAAGAGGAAAUUGAUAAUAUGAAAAAUCUUCAAAUUAAACAACAAAAUGAUUAUUUUGUUAAGAUCAUGGAGGAAUUUGUGAAGAAAGCCGAAUCUACUAUUUUAGAUAUGCAAGAUACCACACAAAACUUGGAAGAAAAUUUGAAACAAUUAUUGAUUUAUUAUUGUGAAGAUCCAGUUGCUACCAAACCUGAAGAAUUUUUUGGUAUGAUUGUAUCUUUUGGUUCUUCUUUAAUUAAAGCUAGACAAGAAAAUGAAGAAGUUAGGAAGAAAAUUGAGAAAGUAAAGCAGAAAGAAAAUAGUAACCGUUUUACUGCUGCACGUCGUCCUUCCGAAGUACCAAGUUUAGCAUCAAGUUUAAAUUCAUUGUCACUUUCUGUAAAAGGUGAUUUUGAUGAAACAAUUAGGGGAUUAAGAAGCGGUCUUAAACCAAAUCGUUCCCGACCUGUAUCAAAAGUUUUUUCAGACGUAGAAACUAAUUCUCCAAGACCUUCUUCUAGGAUAUUUAACAAUGCUUCAAGACCUUCCUCUAGAAUGUUCAAUGCUACUUCAAGGCCUUCUUCUAGAAUAUUAAGUAAUGUCUCAAGACCUUCAUCCAGAAUAUUUACUAAUUCUCGUCCUUCGUCAAGAGUUUAUACUGAUAAAUUAUAA